CCGAGGAAGUUGGAGAGCACGGCGACGCGCGGGCACACGAGGAUUUAAUUGAAACGAAUUUGGGGACACGGCUGGACAGAUGAGAGACGGAUGACCAUGGUUCAUUUGAAAUGCUUAUUAUCAACAACCGGCGCAGGUAACCUUCCCGCGGACUUGUUGGAGUGAGACAUGGACUUUGCUGAAAUUAUUUUCGCUUUGUUCAUCGUCGUGGUCGCGGUCGUCUCGCUGUUGUCAAACUUGUUGGUGCUGCUAUGUUUCGUGCACAGCACCGAGAUCCGCCGACAGGUGCCCGGUGUUUUCACCAUGAACCUGUCCUUCUGCAACAUACUCAUCACUGUUUUAAACAUGCCGGCCACUUUGGUGGGGAUUAUCAGGAACCAGCAGCCUUUUGGGGAUUGCGUUUGCCACACCGUGAGCUUCCUGGAGACUUUUCUUACUGCAAACACCAUGUUGAGCAUGGCAGCUCUCAGCAUAGACCGGUGGAUAGCGGUGGUUUUCCCGCUCAGUUACUCCACCAAAAUGCGCUACAAGGACGCACUGAUCAUGGUGUGCUACUCCUGGCUCCACUCCUUCACCUUCUCCCUGACGGCGCUGCUCUUCUCCUGGGUCGACUACAGCAACGUUUACGCGUCCUGCACCUUGCAGCCGAGCAAGGAAGACAGUGACAGGAUUAAGUUUACAAUUUUCACUGUGGUUUUCCACGCCACUAGUUUCAUGCUCUCCCUGCUCAUCUUGUGUUUCACCUACUUGAAGGUGUUGAAAGUCGCCAGGUUUCACUGUAAAAGAAUUGACAUUAUCACCAUGCAAACUCUUUUCCUGCUGGUCGACAUCCACCCGAGCGUGAAACAGAAAUGUUUAUCUGAACAAAAGAGGAGAAAGCAAAGAGCCACAAAGAAGAUCAGCAUAUUCAUUGGCUCAUUCAUCAUCUGCUUUGCUCCUUAUGUCAUUACAAGGUUGGCUGAACUUCUACCUUUUGUGGACGUCAACCGCCACUGGGGAAUCAUCAGUAAGUGCCUGACAUACAGCAAGGCUGCGUCUGACCCCUUUGCUUACUCCCUCCUACGUCAGCAGUACAAGAAAGUUCUGGUCACUGUUGUCAACAGGCUGCUCCGCCGUGACCUCUACCCUUCGUCUGGCCACAACAGCUCUUUAGACACAGAGAACGACUACUGUCUCCAGAGGAUCAGCUAAUGGCAAAUGCACGGACAUGACAGAUACAAGCUACAGGCCAAAAAAUAAAGGUUGCCUCUUGGAAGAAGAAGGUGGGUGGAGGAGAAGACAGAGGAGAGAGACAGAGAGGAGAGGAUAUUGUUAGGGAGGGAAAAGUGAGUAGAUACAGGGGACAGAUUGUGGGUGGGGGGGUGAAGAGAGAGCAAAAAUAAGAAAGGUAGUGGGUGGAGAAGAAUGAAAAGACAGUGAGGAGGCGGAUGAACGGGUGAAGAGAUGAGACAAAGAAGAGACAGGCCAGAGGAAGAGAGAAAGGGGAGUGAUGGAGGCCAGUGUGGAGAUGUCGGCUUCAGACAGGACUGGCAAACAAUGUAUGAUUCAGCAACAAUGGCAAAACACAGAACCACAACAUGCACAGACAAGUCAACAAAUCGGUUUUAUUGAAUAAGUCAUGGGUUCAGAUUCAGCUCAGACUGAGGGAGCACAAUGCUGGAGACGGGCCGUCUUCACUCUGGCAGACAUGCAUAGAGUGGCCUUUUGUACUGUACCAACCACUUUGUAAUGAUUUUGGCAAAACCGCAUGUAGUGACCUUUCCUCUGCCACACAAUGCAGGGACAGAAGCCGAUGGUCGAUAGGCAGCAGAGUGAAGACGUGUUGCUUCUGCAUCUGGAUAAUGUACCUUCAGUGAAUGGAUGCUCUCUUAGAUGUGGAGACUCAGCUGCUGCACAUAAUUGCCAUGUUGUGUAUUGACAGUGUUAGACUACUUUUCAGUGUCAUGUCAGUCUCAAUAUUGAAGCACUUUGUUUAAUUCUCUCAGAGCUACUGUGGUUACAGGAGCCAAAGGCAAAUAACAUUUACACGAUGAUGUGAAAGGAUAAGGCUGGUGCUGUGCAAAGACAAAAACCUAACCAUCUCUCAGUACUUUAUAACUUCCCCAGCCUGUGUCUAACUCACAGCCCCAAGCCCAUUUUAUCGUAGUAAGGCCUUAAAGCUACUCUAAGGGCUUUUCAGCCCAGGGUCUAAUGAGACUCAAAACAAACCAAGUGAAUCCCAAUUCCUUUAUUGUUUCGUUCCUCACUUGAUCUGGAAGUCGUUACAGUCCGCCAUGAUGAAGGUCGUCCUAAAGCUUUUGUUUCUGCCUGAAGGAGCUAUAACCGAGGAUACACGACUGACAUGGCCCUUUAUCGGAAAUCAGUUUGUGAUCGGACGCCUCACAUGAAGGAUCUGAGGUUAGAUAAAUAUGUUUCCUUGUUUCUUCCUCACAGUUUCUCCUCGAAUCUUUUCCUUGCAUCUUACGUGGGUGGGACUAAGAUACAAGGAAAACACACAGGUGAGGGAAACAUGGAUGCAAGCGGGCGAAUUGGCAUUCACCUACUGACCCCAU